AAUCAGCUUUAUUUGUUGUUGUGCUCACUCCGCAACGGACGUUACGCGCUAGAUUUUUAUUUAAAUUCUCUCUUCCGCUUGCACCUCCGCAGUAGCAUAAAUUCCCUAGAAUUCGUGUGUCGGCUGUAAAGAACUUGUGCUAUAUCUUAUAUAAUUACUGAAACUAAGUCUUAAACUGCCUACUGACGGUAGCCAAUUAACAAAGACACGCAAGUGCGCCUGCAUUCUGCGCUAUUAUGCAAAGUGCAGGCCAAGCAAACACAGCAGCAAGAACAACAACAUCAUAGCUGGCCUCUGGUUGUGUGUAAAAAGAAGCGAAAUGCAAAAGUGCCUUAGCCUUAGACCCGAGCUCGGAUUGAAAUAAGAACGGAGAAACCAGGCACCAGAAUCUAAUCAGUUUUGAAGCGUGCCAUUUCGAAACUCUUUGUUUGGUUUUCCAUAAGAAUAAACUGGUGGCGACUGGUGCAUGAUGAGCGGGGUAAGAGGCGGCGGCAGCGGACUGCUGGAUAUUUACGCCAUGGCCUGGGAGCAUCUGAGACCCGGAAGCUCGCCCGUCGAUUGGUGCGAGGGCAAUUACUUAAUUUCAUCGAAUAUAGCCGAGUUUGUGAACACGUUUAGUAAUUUCUUGUUUAUCCUACUGCCCCCCGUUCUGAUGAUGCUGUUCAAGGAGUACGGGCGCUUUGUUACGCCCGGAAUCCAUGUGAUUUGGUUGCUGCUCAUAGUGGUCGGCCUGAGCUCCAUGUAUUUCCACGCCACUCUCAGCCUUAUUGGCCAACUGCUCGAUGAGCUAGCCAUCCUUUGGGUGUUCAUGGCAGCUUUCUCCUUAUUCUAUCCGAAGCGCUAUUAUCCCAAGUUUGUAAAAAAUGAUCGCAAAACCUUCAGUUGGCUCAUGCUACUGUCGGCGAUUGCCGCAACGGGCCUUUCAUGGUGGAAGCCUAUUGUAAAUGCCUUUGUUCUUAUGUUUUUGAGCGUGCCGACCAUGUUAAUGCUCUACACGGAGCUGCAGAGGGUCAGCGACCAAAGGGUUUACCGCCUGGGCAUCCGAUCGACAUCGGUUUGGGCCGUCGCUGUGUUUUGCUGGAUCAACGACAGGAUUUUCUGCGAAGCCUGGUCUGCAAUUAACUUCCCCUACCUGCACGGCUUCUGGCACAUCUUCAUAUUCAUCGCCGCUUAUACGGUGCUGGUGUUGUUCGCAUACUUUUAUGUGGAAUCGGAGCUGCCCCAGCGGCAGCCGCUGCUCAAGUACUGGCCCAAGAAUGACUUUGAGUUCGGCAUACCGUUCAUAUCGAUAAGAAACCCAGAUUCAAAAGAUUGGCUCAUCUACUGCAGCCUGUAUAUGCAGGACCACGACUUCAAGCACGGAAAGAACUAGUGACCAGAUUCGCUCUCUCUCUGUAAUACUGUAAAACUAGACAAAUACACCGUGAUAUAAAGUAGCAUAUAAGAGGGACGAAUGCCUAAAUUUUACAAUCCCUAGAUUCCAAAAGCUUACAACUCAAUGCAGAAACCGAUCUAUUGAAACCCAAAUUAUAUACAUAGCUGCCAUAUAGAAAGUAGUGUUAAGAAAUAUAUAGAAACAUAUUAUAAAUGAUAGCAAAUGUACUGAGCUAAUAUUAUAUCUUGUUUUAUUAUAAUAAAGAGUGUAAUUUUUAUUAAGCA